GUCGGAAUUCGACACCGGAAUUUGGUUGCGCUGCUAGGGUACUGUCAAGAAAGAGGAUGUCAAAUGCUGGUUUUUGAAUACUUACCUAAUGGCAGCAUGUGUAGUCAUUUAUAUGAAACUGGAAAAAGUUCGAUAACGAAGCUCGAAUUUAAGCAAAGGAUGUCUAUAGCAAUUGGAGCAGCUAAAGGUUUAAGUCAUUUGCACGGCUUACGACCUCCGUUAAUACACGGAAAUUUUAGGACAGCCAAUGUAUUAGUCGACGAGAAUUUCAUUGCGAAAGUUGCGGAUGCAGGUGUACUAAAACUACUCGAGAGAAUCGAAGAUGCAAGCUCGAGUAGUACUAGUUCAUUCAAUGCUUUCAAAGAUCCAGAGUUGGGACAACACGGAGUUUUGCACGAAACGAACGAUACAUACAGCUUCGGAAUAUUCCUUUUGGAGCUCUUAUCCGGAAAGGAGGCUACGUAUCAAGAAGCCUUUCGAUCAAACGACACCACACUUCAAUGGGUGCAAGAAGAGAUAAGUUCGAAUAAUCUAGUGGACCAUCGAUUAUCGGGGAGUUUUACGGAAGAAGGGAUGAGGGAUUUUAUCAAGAUUAUGAUAAAAUGUGUGAGUUUUCCGAGUGGGGAUAGGCCGAGAAUGGAGUACGUAGUAUCGGAGCUCGAUCAAAUACUCGACUGCGAGAUAACACGAACGACUGUCAUGGGCGAAGGGACCGCAACCGUAACUCUCGGCAGUCAAUUAUUUACAAAUUAAGAUCAUAUAAAUAUAUAAUAUAUUUAUAUAUAGUGAGGAUUGAAGAAUGAACAAGAUUGUAUUGUAUUGUUUGUUACUUUUUUUUUUCAUUUUGACACAAAUUGAGAAACAAUUGUAAAUGAUGGGUUUCAAAUAUUUAUACUUUUGCCCCCAUAAAAAAGAGUGUUAUCAAAUUAACUCCCUCAUAUUCAUUUGUAUUUU